AUGGCUAAAAAUAAAAAUGAUAUCUCUUAAUUUCCUAAAAAUUGUUAAUUAUUAAAAAUGGUGGUCAAACAUAAAACUUAAUACUAAUAAAGUAGAUAAUCAUCAAGAAAUGAUGAUAAUGAGAUAGGUUAUCAACUUUAAUUGAAUAACUUAAUUUCUAAUGAUAUUCCAAAUGAUUUAUGUUAGGAACAUUUAGAAAAAUUAGAAAUAUUAUGUCUUACUGAUUAAGUAAGAAUAUGUACAAGAUGUGCAUUAUUUGGAUAACAUAGACAUCAUGAAGUUCGUUCUGUAGAUGAUGUUGUUAAAGAAAUAACUUAAAAAGCAGAGAACAUUAUGUAAAUUUAUUAAAAGAUACUUUAAAAGUAAAGUGAAUUAACAGAAUUAAAAUAUUUUGAACCUUUAUAAGAUAGAUUUUAAAGUAUUCUAAAUGAAAGUCAUAACACUGUUAAAGAAAAAUUUAGAGAAUUGCAUUAAUUAUUAGAUUUGAAAGAAUAGAGAUUAAUAGAAUAAUUAACUACAUUAACAUAAUCUUUAGAAUAAUAAACAAAAAAAUAAAUUAAAGAAUUAUUGUAAAGUUGUUUAUCUUAAGCUGAAUUAUGGAAAAUAACAGCAAAGGAUAGAUUAGUAUAUUUUUCAACAAAAACAGAAAAUGGAGAAUUACCAUUAGAUUUAUUGAAUAAUUAAGAUUAUGCUUGUUUUGAAAAGGGAAAGGGAAUUUAUGAUGAAUUAGAAAAAAUAUAAAAAUAAUUAGAUCUUAAGCUAUAGAAUAUCAAAAUAAAGAAAUUGAGAGUUGAUCUAAAAAAGUAAGAAAUAGAUAAAAGUUUUGAUAACCUUUUUACAAUAACUUUAUAGUUAAGUAAUGUAAACAAUACAAAUACUAUGACAAAAAGUAGUUAAAUUUUAAAGUCUAUAAAUACAUUAACAGAUUCAACAUUAUUAUAGGAAAUGAAAAGGAAUGAAAGUUUUAGUAAAUUAUGUGGUUAGGAUGUUUUUUCAAGUUUUUGUUAAGAUGAACCUAUGUUANAUUCAAUAAAUGUUAAUCAAUAAAAAGUAUAUUGUUUGUCCAGAAGAUGGGUAAAUUUCCUUUCUAAUGUAGUAUCAUGGCUAAAAAUAAAAAUGAUAUCUCUUAAUUUCCUAAAAAUUGUUAAUUAUUAAAAAUGGUGGUCAAACAUAAAACUUAAUACUAAUAAAGUAGAUAAUCAUCAAGAAAUGAUGAUAAUGAGAUAGGUUAUCAACUUUAAUUGAAUAACUUAAUUUCUAAUGAUAUUCCAAAUGAUUUAUGUUAGGAACAUUUAGAAAAAUUAGAAAUAUUAUGUCUUACUGAUUAAGUAAGAAUAUGUACAAGAUGUGCAUUAUUUGGAUAACAUAGACAUCAUGAAGUUCGUUCUGUAGAUGAUGUUGUUAAAGAAAUAACUUAAAAAGCAGAGAACAUUAUGUAAAUUUAUUAAAAGAUACUUUAAAAGUAAAGUGAAUUAACAGAAUUAAAAUAUUUUGAACCUUUAUAAGAUAGAUUUUAAAGUAUUCUAAAUGAAAGUCAUAACACUGUUAAAGAAAAAUUUAGAGAAUUGCAUUAAUUAUUAGAUUUGAAAGAAUAGAGAUUAAUAGAAUAAUUAACUACAUUAACAUAAUCUUUAGAAUAAUAAACAAAAAAAUAAAUUAAAGAAUUAUUGUAAAGUUGUUUAUCUUAAGCUGAAUUAUGGAAAAUAACAGCAAAGGAUAGAUUAGUAUAUUUUUCAACAAAAACAGAAAAUGGAGAAUUACCAUUAGAUUUAUUGAAUAAUUAAGAUUAUGCUUGUUUUGAAAAGGGAAAGGGAAUUUAUGAUGAAUUAGAAAAAAUAUAAAAAUAAUUAGAUCUUAAGCUAUAGAAUAUCAAAAUAAAGAAAUUGAGAGUUGAUCUAAAAAAGUAAGAAAUAGAUAAAAGUUUUGAUAACCUUUUUACAAUAACUUUAUAGUUAAGUAAUGUAAACAAUACAAAUACUAUGACAAAAAGUAGUUAAAUUUUAAAGUCUAUAAAUACAUUAACAGAUUCAACAUUAUUAUAGGAAAUGAAAAGGAAUGAAAGUUUUAGUAAAUUAUGUGGUUAGGAUGUUUUUUCAAGUUUUUGUUAAGAUGAACCUAUGUUACUUAAAGAUAUAUCAAUGGCAGAUUGGAGUGAAAGUUUAAUGGAUGAAACAACAAACAUAUCAACAGUUAAAAGUCCAAAUAGAAGUAGUUUAGAUUAAGAGGAUUUCGCAGUGAAAAAUAAAGUUGGAUCUGGAAUAAAAGAAUUAAAAGAAAUUCAACCUGUAGCAACUUCUUAAAAUAUUUAAUCAACUACUCCUACAAAACCAGAUAGAAUUUAGAUUAGAACUUUAGAAAAACUAAAAGGAUCUUUUUAAUAACCAAGUCCUGGAAGAAGAGAUUUAGAAUAAGUUAAUUAAAUUAGAUAAGGUGUUAGUCCUAAUACUAAAAUAUAAGAUUGUAAAAAGAAAAGAAUGUUUAAAAUUAAUGAAAAAUAUGAAAGUGUUUGGUAAGCAUUUAAAAGUGAUAAUCUAGAUAUUGCAGAUUUUUCAAGUGCAGGUAUAUAUAUAUAUAUAAAUAUAAUAAAUUAGAUUUGGGAGACGAAGGAUUACAAUAUCUAGGAGAUAUUCUCAGAAUUUCUAAAAGAGUUAAAUAACUUAAAUUAGUAAGAAAUAAAAUAACAGAUGAGGGUGCUUGUAAACUAUUAGAUUGCCUUGUAUUAAAUACAAAUUAAGUAUUUUAAAGUUUACAUUUAUCAUCAAAUAUGAUAACUGAAAGAACUCUAGAUUAUUUUAUAUCUUUAGUUAGAAAUUCCCCUUUAGGAUGUUCAUUACCUAAAUCUUUAUACUUAAACCAAACUUUAAUAAAUACAAUCAAAUCAAAAAAGAAAAUUGAAGAUUUAAAGCGUCUUGGAUAUUUAGUGAAUAUUUGA